CAAAACAAGUAGAGCGAGCUUUGGUCACAUGUAGAGAGAGCAGCGACAGCAGAGAGAGAAGAGGAAGAAGAACGUGACAGUCAGUCUCAGCACUGUCCGUGUGAAGGAAGCAGUUCUUCGGGUCCGGUCUCCGGUCGGUCCGCUUCACAUAUGGUUCUCCUCCGGCACAUCUCCAUCGCCCUGACCGCCGCCGUGGCUGCCCUGGGAUCAGCUCUCUUCAUCGCCCUGAACUUAUUCUACAAGAGGCGAAUAUGGUCCCCACAGGCGGAGUACUGCACCAUCAAAGAGGAGGAGGAGGAGCGUGGGAAGCGUCAGGUCCUAGUCCUGGGUCUGGACGGGGCUGGGAAGAGCAGCAUGCUGCAGGGUUUGACCCCCGGGGAAGCAGCGGGUAAGAGGGGUCACUGCCGCCCCACCCGCGGCUUCAACUUCAUGAGUCUCAACGCCCCUGCCUGCCAGCUCGACUUCCUGGAGAUCGGUGGUGGGGAGGACCUGCGGCGGUACUGGGUUGAGUAUCUGAGGAAGACUCACAUUCUGGUGUACGUGGUUGACUCCUCCGACCGGAGCCGCCUCCCGCUGGCUAAAGCUGAGCUGCACCGCCUGCUGAGGGUGGAGCCCCACCUGCCUGUGGUUGUCCUGGGAAACAAGCAGGAUAAGCCCAACGCUGUGAGCGUGUCGGAGCUGCAUGAAGCGUUGUCUCUGAGCUCCAUCAUGGAGGAGAGGAGGCUGUUCCUCUUGGCUGCACAGCUGGGCUCUGACGGGGCCCUGAGGAACUCCUGCAGGGGCCUGGACACCUUCCAGGACCUGCUGCUCCAACUCGUCUGAUCUCACCCACAUGACCGAGCAGAGUGCUGGAGGGGAUGAAAACAAAGGGAUGGCUUCGACUAAUUGUUCUGUCUUAUUUUAGGCAGAAAAUUAGGAAAUAAUAAAGUGACUGAGGCAAUGAAAUUACUGAAGAUGGAGCACAAUGCCUCCGCAUUUUCCUCUUCAUUUCAAAGCACCUUUGUUGGUUUUAGAACAUCCUUCAUCUCAUCUCAUCUUAUAAUUUUCUUUUCAACUCGAUUUGUCUUAGUCAUCGGAGAAGAGGAGGUGCAGAGGGAAGAGGACGAGGACAGAAGGAUGAAGGUGUGUUCAUGGAGUGACUCAGAACUUCACCUCCUGCUGAGGAUGAGUCAGGCUUCUCAUUAGUCUAAAUGUCGCCCGGUAACAGGUUUAUUUAAGCAUGUAGAUUGUACUGUAUAUAAACUGAAACAUGUCAAGUCCAUAGAAGCGGUUACAGAUUUUGUCUGGUUUGCUGUUUUUGGAAAACCUGAAGUGUGUGCAGCAGAGAAGUCAGCUGAGCAAAACAGGUAAUAUUCUGGGUUGCCAGGUUGGAACCCCCGGGGACUAAAACUGCACCAGCUCAGUGAAUUCAUCAACUACAAGAUACUCACAGACUUAAACUUCUCUGAAUUGUAUUAAGCUUUGGAAAAGCAGUUGGGUAUUUUUCCUUAGAUUUCAGUGAGUAUCUACAUUGUUUUACAACUCUCUUCAUAAUGUUAUUUGGUUAUGUUUUCAGUCCCAACAACACACCCACCACACUGCCAACACAUAUAAAAUCAAAAUACAGUAUACGUUAAACUUCAAAUUUCUUCAUCAGAUUAGAUUUUAAACUAUAUUAUAUUAUAUAUAUAUAUCUAUCUAUCUAUUAUAUAUAGACAUUAUAAGGAAGCAAACAAGGUCAAUGUUUUAAUAAGAAAACUUUCACAAUUAGUAGUGAAAGCUGUGUUUUUUUAAGGCUUUCAGAAGUGAUCGUUAGCUUACCAGGCUAAGAGCUAAAACACGCUGAACCAGGCUAUGCUCUGUCUUUAUACAGACGUGCAGUCCCAUCUUCCACAGUUAUAUCACUCUUUAGAAAACACUGAGACAGGACUAAUUAUCCAGUCAAACAUACAGUACAUUCAUGAAUGUAUAAAAGCUGAAUAAACAUAUUUAUCUUUAUUGAUACUUGUACAAAUGAACUGGAGUUAGCUAGAUUUUAAUUUCUAAUGCUGUAUGUGUGCAGCAAUGUUUGCAUCUGACGCACAUUUUUUUUUUUAUGAAUGUGAUGUUAUACUGUAAUUCUACAAAAAUGUUGUUUUCACAGUAACUGAGAAUUUUGUGGAUCGGUGUCAUACUUGAUGUGCUUAAUAAAUGGAACUGAUGAUAUGGAUUCAUGCAUGUCUUUAGGUUUUGUUGUUCUCUCAUCAGUUGCAGUUUUUUUAAAUUACAAUGUAGGCAAAGAAUGUAUAGGUUAAUAAAAACUGUGAUUCAACUAUGAUUUUUAGAGUCCAACAUUUUUAACACUGACUAUAAUGUUUUAUUUAUUUUGUACUUGGGCUUGAUUAUGUCUAAUUUCUCGUUUUUAUGUUUGCAUGUUGUUUACACUGGAAUUUACCUCUAGUGCAUAUUACAUUGAGAUUCCUUAAUCUCACCUGCACAACUUGCUUCUUUUAUUUUGUUUUCUGCAGUUUUAUGUUUUGAUGUACAAACAAAUAAAAUGUUAAAUCUAAAGGAGUCAAAUUA